AUGACCUCCUCAAUGCCCGAUGAGAUCCUUCCUGCGACUACAGCCUCGCCGGCCAGUCCGGCCUCCGCCGAUGGGCAGAUACCCCUUGAACAACCUCCCAAACUCAAGGGUCGCCAGAGGUUGUUGCAGAAUCUCCAACGCAUGUCGUCUAGUCCCACGCUAACCCGCCGCGGCCGAUCGGCGUCGACGGGUUAUCGACGGGACCACAAAGCGUCCUUAUCGUGCGUCUCGUUAUCGAGUGCCGCGUACUCGCCCUGCUUGGGCAACGGCAGUGCUUCUCAACUCUAUGGUGGACUGCAUCCGGGACCCCCGACUCCAGGGUCGAUCGGACCACUGGAGGAAGUCGACGAUAACAAUGCACGUAUUCGCCUUGUGGAGACCGAGUCGUCUAAUGUGUCACGGAGCGUUCCGGUGCCUCUGGAGUUCAGGCCCAACUCUCCCGGAACUGGGACUCCGGUCGAGGAGAUCGCCGAAGAAGAUGCAACAGCGUCGGCAGCAACAUCGGAGAUCCAGCCCAUCCUACCGGACCACAACCCGUCCCGCAAAAUUGACUUUUGGGGGGACAUGCCGCGCGAACUGCAGGUGCAGAUCCUGCGGUAUCUGACACCUCGUCAAGUGGUGCGAUGCUCAGUGGUGUCGAAACGGUGGCAUGAAAUGUGUUUUGACGGCCAGCUGUGGAGCAGAUUGGACGCGUCUGAAUAUUACUCAAAGAUCCCCAGCGACGUGUUGAUCAAGCUCGUCAUUUCAGGCGGACCGUUCAUGCGAGAUCUCAAUCUGCGAGGCUGUAUUCAGCUGAGCAACAAAUGGUCCACGCACGGCGAGCGAAUGUCGGACGCGUGUCGUAACUUGGUCAAUCUAUCGCUCAAUGACUCUGUGAUCGACAAGCCAUCUGUGCAUCAUUUUCUGACGCGUAACCCUCGCUUGGAGUACCUCAAUAUCUCAGGUCUCAAGAGUGUGACCAACUCGGCCAUGAAAAGUAUCUCCCAAUCGUGUCCACAAUUGAGUUGUCUGGAUGUGUCCUGGUGCAUCAAUGUGACCGCUCAUGGGCUGGUUUGUGUGGCCAAGUCCUGUAACCAGCUCGGCGAUCUUCGAGCGAGCGGCAUUCGCGGUUUCGAUGACGAUAGCGUUGCGCGGGCGCUCUUUGAACAAAAUGCCCUUGAACGCCUUAUUAUGAGUCGCACUGACUUGACGGACGAGACGCUCAAGGUGCUGAUGCAUGGCGCGGAACCCACAAUCGACGUUCUCACUGACCGACCGAUUGUGCCGCCCCGACGACUGAAGCAUCUGGACCUGCAUCGCUGCGCCGAAAUCACAGACCGCGGGUUGAAGAGUCUGGCCUUUAACGUCCCUGAUCUGGAGAGCCUUCAAAUCUCACAAUGCCCGGAAUUGACGGACGCCUCGGUCAUCGAUGUUGUACGAACCACUCCACGUCUCUCUCAUUUGGAGCUGGAAGAUUUGGAAAGUCUCACCAACAACGCGUUGGUGGAGUUGGCCAAGUCCCCGGCCGCGGAGUGCCUGGAGCAUCUGAAUAUCAGCUACUGCGAGAAUCUUGGCGAUCCGGGCAUGCUGCAAGUGAUGAAACACUGCCCAAGACUGCGCUCGGUCGAGAUGGACAACACUCGCGUGUCCGACCUGACCCUCAUGGAAGCCAGUUUCCGAGUUCGGAAGCGAGGUUACGGCGAGAAACUGCCCGAAAUAGGGUUGCGGUUGGUGAUCUUUGACUGUACCAACGUCACCUGGGCAGGGGUCAAAGAAGUCCUGUCGAGCAAUGCCUAUAUUCCCCGUGCACGAAAGGCCGCGUUCAAGCCAGUCGUGACUGUCGCGCCCGCCGGGUCAGACACCGAAUCUGUCGCCACCACUCCAUGCAUGACCCCGACUUCUGCAACGCCAUCGCCUGCAUCCGUGUAUCCCUCCGAGAUCAUCUACUUGAAGAGCUUCUACGGCUGGCAACCCACGGUUGAAGAGCACACCAAACGCGUCCUCCGUGGCGAUCUCAAUGCGGCAAGUCGCCUUGACCGUAAAUGGGCAGACUAUAUGAUGGCCACCGAGGAAGCUGGCGCCACUGGUGCUGGUGCCCGUCGCCGACGUCGACGUGCCCGUGAGGCGGAGCGACUUUACAACGCCGACGGAGACGAUGAGGAUAGUUACGGCGUGGGUGGAGUCACUGCCAUCGGUGGUCGACGUCGUCGUGCCCAAAGCGGUGGAUGUACCGUGAUGUAA